AAAUUUCUAAGAUGACCUUGCCUUAUUUACCAGAUGAUUGUAUUUAUCACAUUUUACAUCACCUUCAAAAUGAUCGGUCAACUUUAUUUAAUUGUUUAUUAGUUAAUCGAUUUUGGUGUAAAUCAACGAUUCCCUUACUUUAUGCAAAUCCUUUUGUAAAUAUAACCGAAAAAAAUUACUCGAUUAUCUUUACCCUAAUUUCUUGCUUUAAUAAAGAAGAAACUUUACAAUUAAAGAAUCAACUAGAACCAAACCAGAUUGAUAAUAUUAAUUUGGAUGAAGAAUACAAGCCAUUAUUUGAAUAUCCAAAAUAUAUGGAAAAAUAUAAUUAUUUUAUAAUAAAUUCCGUAAUUAAUAGUUGUUUUGUAAGAUAUUUUUCAAAUUUAUCAACUUCUCAUAAUAAAAUUUAUUAUAUUAUUCCAAUAUUUCAUCAAUCAAUUUUACGUCAAAGUAAAAACAUUAAACAAUUAGAUAUUUCGUUAUAUUUAUUUUAUAGAAAAUGGUUUAAAAACUUUAAUGUUCAAAAUUUCACUUCAAAUUUAACAAGAUUAAAUUCAUUAUCAUUAAAUUUUUAUUUAAAUGGUACUGUUAAUAAUAAAAUCGAGCAAGAAUUUUUAAGCAAUAUAGCGAAUAUUUGUUUAAAUUUGCGAGAAUUAAUAAUCAAACUUCCUCAAAUUCAAAGAUAUGUCACUUCAAAUAAUUUGAUCAAUUCUACUACUCUAAAAAAACUUUAUACAAUCAUUCAAGAGCAAAACAAAUUAAAAAUAUUUAAGAUAAGGAAUUGUUAUUCUUUAUUAAAUAAUAUUCUUUUAUCUUUAGAAUUUCAAAAGAGUUCUUUGGUUCAACUUGAAUUUACAAACACUAACUUUAGUAAUGUUAGUUUAAAAAAUUUUAGAAAUCUAUAUAAUUUAAAAUAUUUAAGAUUUGAAAAAUGUGAAGGUAUAUUAUUGGAUCAAUGUGAGGUUUUAAAUAUUGUUUCAUUUAAGCUAACAAAGUUAUCACUUAAGCGCAAUAAUUGGGGUGUAGACGUUACAUCUUUAAUGAUAAAAUAUUUAGGUACAUCAUUACAAAGCUUAUUGGUUGAUAAUCCAACAAUACCUCUUAUUGAAAAUAUGUUGAUAUUUUGUUCAAAUCUUAUUUUUUUUAAAAUAAGAAUUUAUUACCAUCUUGAUUUAACAGUAUUACCUUUUUUUAAAGAUUUAAAUAGUAUAAGAAUAUUAAGUAUUAAUGUUAUUUCUUAUAAUUCUGAAUUUUUUAUAAAUUUAGCAAAUAAUAUUCCUAUCAAUAUUAGUGAAAUUUCUAUUUAUAUUUAUUUUCGUAAUUCCAAUAAGUUUUUAAGAUUCAAGGAAUUUUUAGAAAAUUGUCAUAAUGGUUUCAAAAUAAUUAAUUUAAAUCAUAUUAUUGAAUUGGAAUUUCUUAAAAUUGUUUUAAAUUAUAUUGAAAGAAGUAACGGUACUUUAAAAAUUUUUGGUAUGUUGGGAUUGGACAAAGAAUUAAAUGAUGAGGAAUUAAAAUUAUUGAAUCAAAUUAAAGAUAAAGGGGUUAAAAUAGUAGAUUCUUAUAGCUUUCAUAGUUACUAUUAA